CGCCCCACCCCUGAGGCACCGCUUUUCCCCGAAGCACAACCAGCUGGUCGGACGCGGGACUUCGAGACGAUUUCCCGUCUGCACGCGAAAGCAGGGGCGAAAUGCCAGACCAUAGUCCGUCACGUCGUCCAGAUACUUCGACGAAACCUGGGCACCCACUUCUUCCAGUUCGACGCUGCCUUCAUACGCGACGGUUGCUUCUUUGCUGGCUUCCUUCUUGCUGGUGAAGGCGGAAACACCGAGGACAUCGAAACAUGUCUGCAAGCACUCACGAGAUGCGUUGGACGUUCUCAAAGUGUGAAGAGCGGGAGCAGACGGUGAGGAUGAUAUGGGAGUCCAGGACGAGCCAGGGCCGCAGCCGCAGCUUCACGAACGGCCCUAACGAGGACGGCCUUCGUCCACUAUCGCCGAGUAUCCGUACGCCAGACGUCCCUUGCGCGACCUAUCAGCGUGCCCCCUCUAUCACUCUCACUUUCUACCGUUUCUUGGGGGGUCCAUCAUCCGCGCCGAGCACAGCCUGUUCGAACGAUCCGUGGCCCUUGAGCGCUUCGCCGAGUAGCUCUGGUACGGGUAUGUACGAGGGAUCGGUAUCGUCCGACCGCGCGUCCCCAACGUCACCGUUCUCCCACCACGCUCCGGAAGGACUAUCCCUCGACAACGUCCAUCAGAAGGCUGCCUUGGUCAGCAACCCGUCGCUGUCGUUCGAAGGCGCGAGCCACGCACGCGGUGCAGAGUCGGGAUUGGACGUCUUCUACUGGCAAGCCUACCCAAAUUACGGCUCCAGCAGUGAGACGCUGGCAGGCAGCCAGCACGUUUCAUCCACCGGGCUCCUACCGGGUGCCGCUGACUCGGAUUUCACGUCCGCGCAUUACUUCGACGCCAGUACCGUUGUCUUCCCUCAUUCCGGCAUUGGUCAGCAGACUCCUGCCUCACACGAGCUCGCGUCAACGUCUGCUAUCGGCGGAGAUACUCGUCACUUCGGUAACAAUCCUUCUUUAUAUCCGUAGGUUCGACGGACGGUUUGAAUUUGUCUUGCAGUCUGUCUAUCUUUAGGGAACACCAUGACUAGCGGUUACUUCUUGGACUUUAACAUUAAACCUAGUCGGCUACUA